CCCAUCCCGCUCGCACUCUCUACGAUGAACCAAAGAGCUUAUAUUCUGGCCGGAAACGGAAAAUCAGCAAACCUAAUCGCUCCAGAACUUCCGCCCCCAAAUGCGAAGCCCUAGAAUUUUGGCGCCAUUUUUUUUCAAAACCUUGCAAAAUCAAAAUCUAUCCGACUUCUUUCUUCUGCACCUUUCACAGUAGUUUCUUCUCCACCUCUGUCUUCUGCUCUCCCUGUGAAGAAGCGGUAGUUCCAUCAGGGGGGAAAUGGAAGCGGCUGGGGCGCCGGAGGGUGGGGGGAAUCAACCUAGUCUACAAUGCUGGCUCAAGGAGCCAGUUGCCGCUUUGCUCCCGGGGUGGGGCAGGAAGGCUAGGAAGCCGGCGAAGGCUUUGAAGGAAGCUGGCGAGAGUGAAGACAUCCGUGUGCCCAAGAAGAGCGGUAGGAAGCCGAAGAAGCGGUUCGAUGGAUUGAUUGAAGUUAGCCGGCAGGGGGAAGCCGAGACGGCAGCUGAGAGUGGCCAUGUGCCGAAGAAGCGCGGUAGGAAGCCGAAGAAGCAGUUUGAGGGUUUGGGUGAAUCUAGCAAGCAGGGAGAAGUCGAGAAGGCGGUUGAAAGUAGCGAUGUGCUUGUGCCGAAGAAGCGCGGUAGGAAGCCGGGGAAUCAGGUUGAGGCUUUGAGUGAAGGUGGUGGGCUGGGUGGAGUCAAGGAGGCAGUUGAGAGUAGCGGCGUGAGUUUGCCUAAGAAGCGUGGUAGCAAACCCAAGAAUCAGGUGGAGGAUUCGAGGGAAGCUGGUGAUCAGGGAGAAGCCAAGGAGGCAGUUCAGAGUAGCGGCGUGAACGUGUCCAAGAAGCGUGGUAGGAAGCCCAAGAAUCAAUCGGUGGCUUUGAGCGAAGGGGGUGAGCAGGGAAAAGCUCAGACAGUUAGGAAGCAAGCGAUUAGUGGCGGUGAGUAUAGCGGGGAGUUCGGUCCAAUAAAAAAAAGACUGAGAACUAUUGAACCGAAGAAAGUUAGCUUUUCUGAGAAUUAUGGACUAGGCGACUGGGAAGAAGAGAUCCCAGAGAAAACGACAGGCAAGAAGCGAGGUAGAAGGAAGGAAAUGGAUUUCAGUGUUGGUUCUGAUUUGACUGUAGGAGGUGAAGCACGAGUAGGUGAAAGAGAGUCAAAGAAGCGUGGUAGAAAGAAGGGUAGUCUUAAAAGAGAAGCUGGUUCUUCUACUACCAUGUUGCAGAGUAGAACUUGCAGAUCUGGUCAUGGUGCACACCUCAAUCCUAAGGAGGGUAAAGAGAAGUGGCGAUUUAAUUGUCAUCAAUGCAAAAGGAACGAUAAAGGUCCAGUUAUGUGUUGUCAGCUAUGUAAAACCAAGCGAUAUUGUUACAAAUGCAUAGAGGCCUGGUAUCCAGAGAGGUCAAAGAAUGACAUUGCCAAAGCCUGCCCAGCAUGCUGCAACAAUUGCAAUUGCAAAGCAUGCUUGCGCCUAGAUUAUAAAAUCAAGGAACUGAAUAAUCAGAGGUUGGAGCUCACUAAGGAGAAGGAAGUAGAAUGUUCAAAGUAUAUGAUCCAGUUGCUUUUACCGCACUUGAAGCAGUUAGAUGAAGAGCAAAUGACAGAGAGAAAGAUUGAGGCAGGGAUACAAGGGAUAUCACUUGAAGAGUUGGUGGUACCAGAGGCAAACUGUCCUCUAAAUGAGCGAAUGUUCUGUGACAAUUGCAAGACUUCUAUUUUCGAUUAUCACAGGAGUUGUUCUAACUGCUCCUCUGAUCUCUGCCUUAUUUGCUGCCGGGAGAUCCGUCAUGGAUGCGCACAUGAUGGCAGGUCAGAAGUUGUUGUGGAAUUUAUCAACAGAGGGUUCUCUUAUUUACAUGGUGGAGAGGGUGAAAAAGUUGUUCCUCCUCUAAAUGACAUACCUGUUGCAAGUAGCUCGGAGGACCAUGUGAAAUCAUGCUUUGGCUGGACUACAAAUAAAGAUGGAAGUGUUCUUUGUGGCUGUGGUAGUGGGACUCUAGAAUUGAAAUCAGUUCAUUCAGGAAGUUGGUUGUCAGCUUUGGUGAAGAAGGCAGAGGAUACUGCCCAGAGAUUUAAUCUGGAAUUAUCUAGACCUCAAGCUGAACAAUGUGUGUGCUCCAGUAUGACAAGUGACGAGGAAAGAAGCGACCAUGAUGAGCUAUUAAAAGCUGCUAAUCGUGAAGCUUCUGAUGACAAUUAUUUGUUCUAUCCAAGGGCUAGAGAUAUCAAAGAGGAGGAUAUAAAGCACUUUCAGUGUCACUGGUUGAAAUCUCAGCCUGUCCUUGUAAGCAAUGUGCUUGAAACUGGUUUUGGUUUAAGCUGGGAGCCAAUGGUUAUGUGGCGUGCCUUUCGUCAAGUCACAAACUACAAAAAGCACGAAGCCCUUACCAAUUUGAAGGCCAUUGAAUGCUUGGACUGGUGCGAGGUGGAAAUUAAUGCCCAUCAGUUCUUCAGUGGAUACUCAAAAGGGUGGCAAGAUGGGGAAGGAUGGCCGCAGAUAUUGAAGCUGAAAGAUUGGCCUCCAUCUAAAAUGUUUGAUGAAAAUUUGCCCCGGCAUGGUCUGGAAUUUAAUUGUUGUCUGCCCUUUAAGGAGUAUAGUCACCCUGGUGAUGGACCUUUAAAUCUUUCUACCAAAUUGCCUGAAGAGUGUUUGAAGCCAGAUUUGGGGCCUAAGUCAUAUAUAGCUUAUGGAUUUGCUGAGGAGCUGGGCCGUGGUGAUUCUGUCACCAAGCUUCAUUGUGACAUGUCGGAUGCGGUAAUGUCUUAUGUGAAUAUCUUGACUCAUACUACUGAAGCAACUUAUGAAGACACCAAUAUACUUGAUAAAAUAAAGGGUCUGAAGCAAAAGCACAACGAGCAAGAUAAGAAAGAACUAUUUGGGAACAAUCAAGCUGUAAGUGAGCCUGAGAAGAACAUGCAUAAAAUGGACUGCCAAGGCUCGCCCGCAGAUGAUAAAGAUGACAAGGACGUAGCUUGCGGACUUGAAGGUCCUUGGCCAAAGUUGUCUGCCUGUGUAGAAGGAUCAGAGCUGAAAAAUAGUGAUGGGGAAGUUCAGGGGAGAAGCAUUGUAAAUGGUAUGGAUCUUAAUCAUAUAGCCGAAAUGGAAAAUGAAGAUGCUCAACUAGUUGUCACUGAUCUUUCAAAGGAAACAAAGUUGGAAAAAAGCAGUGAAGAAAUGGCCCAAGAUGAAGACGGUCAACUAAUUGUCACUGAUCUUUCAAAGGAAUCAAAGUUGGAAAAAAGCAGUGAAGAAAUGGCCCCAGAUGGAGGUAAGGAUAAGGGUACAACCGAGGGUAGUGUAGAGGAGGGAGCUGCUCUGUGGGAUAUUUUUCGUAGUGAAGAUGUUCCUCAGCUGGAGGAUUAUCUUAAAAGGCACCUUAAAGAGUUUCGGCACAUUCAUUGUUGUCCAUUGCCAAAAGUUAUCCACCCAAUCCAUGAUCAGAGCUUUUAUCUGUCCACAGAGCAUAAAAAGAAGCUGAAGGAUGAAUAUGGCAUUGAACCAUGGACAUUCGUUCAGAAACUUGGAGAUGCUGUGUUUAUUCCUGCCGGCUGUCCUCAUCAAGUGAGGAACUUGAAGUCGUGCAUAAAGGUAGCUGUGGACUUUGUUUCGCCAGAGAACGUGGGUCAGUGCAUUCGUUUGACAGAAGAGUUUCGCCUACUUCCUUCAAACCACAGGGCUAAGGAGGACAAGUUGGAGGUGAAGAAGAUGUGUCUUUAUGCCAUGGACAAGGCUGUGGAAGUUAUGGAGCGGAGUGAGAACUUAGACAUUCAAGAGGAUGGUGAAGAAAAGAAGGAAACUGCGGCAGACACAAAGAGUAGGGGCAGGGGCAGACCAAGAGGACGAGGCAGAAAGUCGAAGUAGGACAUGCUCGGCGAUCGAUAUGUGGUGUAAAAGGAAGUUCCAAAUGACCGAGUGUUGUUGUGACAUUACCUAGGACUAAUAGUGUCGUUUUGGUAGAAGGUUUCUCCAGGAAACCUUUGAAUUUUGAUUCCUAGCAGGAACUAUGGAAAGCAGGUCAGUUGAUGCAAAUGUAGUUUGUAUCACAUCUAGGUGUUAAUUAUGAACCUCAGUAGGCCCCUUGCUUAUGGCUGGGGAAAGGGGUUGGUAAAAAUGUUUGUAGAUUGAAUAGGAGCAGUGAUUACUGUGGUGAUCCAGUUGUUAUUGUCUUGGUUUUGCGUUUGUUUGGGGGUUGAAAUUAGUUACCAAGAAUAGCAAUUGCGUGAAUGGAUUAUAUUUUUAGGGUGAAAACCAAGAAGAGAAGACUGAGGGGAAAGAAAGGCAUGUGAAUGAGGGUGACUGAUUGGUGAAGUGGACAUGAAACCAACUAUAAUGAGUCUCUGGUCUGUGUAUUAUUAGUGUGGCAGAAUGUAAGGUGGCAGGCAGCCAGCACUCCAACUCAGUUGAAAAAUAAUAAGG